AUGGCAGAAGAAGCAGUGAGGUUUUUCAAAGCUCAAUUCCAUGAAGAGACAGUUCCAUCAUCUUUUGAUAUCAUAGAUCAUAUUCCAAAUUUGAUUGAUUCAGUACAGAAUCUGGAGCUGAUCAAACAACCUUCUAAGGAUGAAGUAAAGAAUGCAGUGAUGGGAUUAAAUGGAGAAAGUGCAGGGGGUCCUGAUGGGUUUAUAGGAAGUUUUUUCCAUUCUUGUUGGGAGAUAAUAGGAGAUGACAUUGUAGAGAUGGUUAAAGCUUUCUUCAGUGGUCAUGAAUUGCCAAGAUUUAUAACUCACACUAAUCUAGUGCUACUACCAAAAAAGAAAGAAGUUGUUUCCUUCUCAGACAUGCGACCUAUUAGUCUUAGUAACUUUGUUAACAAGAUAUUUUCUAGAGUUGUACAUGAGAGAAUAGCAGGACUGCUCCCAAAUUUAAUAUCUGAAGAGCAGGCUGGAUUUGUAAAGGGCAGGAGUAUAGUAGAGAAUGUUUUGCUAACUCAAGAGAUCAUUACUGACAAAAGACUUAGAACCAAAGCUGGACCAAAUGUAGUGAUCAAAUUGGACAUGGCCAAGGCAUAUGAUCGACUGUCAUGGCUUUUCUUGACUAAAGUGCUGCGGAAGAUGGGCUUUGGAGAGAGGUUUAUUGGUGUGAUAUAUGGGAUUGUUGCAAACAACUGGUAUUCUGUCUUGUUGAAUAGACAGCCAUUUGGUUUUUUCAAGUCAACAAGAGGGGUGAAGCAAGGUGAUCCAUUAUCACCUACCUUGUUCAUAUUGGCUGCAGAAGCUCUAUCGAGGGGAUUAAAUUCACUGCACAGAAAUUUACACUGUUGUGGCUUUGGACUGCCCAAGUGGAGUCCCAAAAAUAAUCAUCUUGCAUAUGCAGAUGAUACAAUAAUUUUUUCGUCUUCUGAUGCAACUUCACUGAGUUUGAUCAUGAGGAUUUUAACAGCAUAUGAAAGUGCAUCUGGACAGCUCAUUAACAAAAGUAAAUCUGCCAUUUAUAUGCAUCACUCAGCAGGUGAAGAGGUGGUCAAUCAGAGUAUGCCCAUACAUUUGUUGUCAUCUGUGAACCCUCCAUCAUAUGUAAUAAAUAAGCUCCAUAAGAUAUUUGCUCAAUUCUUCUGGGGAAAUACAGUAGGUGAGGCCAACAGGCAUUGGGCUUCAUGGAGUACACUGUGUCUACCAUGUGAAGAAGGGGGUGUGGGAUUUAGAUCAUUACAUGAUGUUUCCACAGCUUUGUUUUGUAAGCUUUGGUGGAAUUUUAGAACAAAACCUAGCUUAUGGAGUUCCUUCAUGAGUCAGAAGUAUUGCCAGAAGUUAAAUCCCAUAAUUGUACCUUGGAGAGAUGGAUCUCAUGUGUGGAGGAAAAUGUUGGAGUGUAGAGAAUUAGUAGAACAUCAAAUAAUGUGGCAGCCUAAGAUGGGAUCUUCACUAUUUUGGUUUGAAAAUUGGACUGGAUUGGGAGCUCUGUACUUUGUUACCCCUCCUAAUUUUGUAGUUGAUGAAUCCAUCCAGAAUAUCUAUGAUGUAGUGGACAAUGGCCAAUGGGAUGAGGGAAAGAUCAGAGAAGCAUUACCUGAAGAUUUAGCGGAUCAUAUUAUAUGGCAGUUGAAACCUCCAGUUGUUCAUGAGGUUCUUGACAAGCCACAUUGGAUGCUUGAAACAAAAGGAGAGUUCAGUGUGAAGUCAGCUUGGGAGUACUUGAGAAGGAGAAAUGAACCAUGCAAUGCAUACAAGAAAAUUUGGGUAAAAGCAGUAAGAGUUUGGAAAUAUUUCUUAGGGCAUGCUGGAAUUAAUAUGGAGGGGAUAUCAUUUCAUCAAGCAAUAACUAAGUGCUGGACAACAGAGGUAGUGCCCAGAUUGCAACCUAUUAUUCAAGCUCUUCCAGCUGUGAUAGUGUGGGAGCUAUGGAAAAGAAGAAAUAGCUAUAAGCAUGGGGAGGCUGUCACUGUAGAUAGAGUCAUUUAUCAGAUAUCCACAACUAUGCAAUCACUUGUUCAGCUCAGAAAACCUUCUCUCCAACAGGUACCACAUAGAUGGCCAGAACUGUUGCAUAUGCUGGAAUCAUAUCUGCCUAAGUUGAGCUUCACUAAGGUCCUAUGGGAGUGUCCAAAAGCAGGAUGGAUAAAGGUUAAUACAGAUGGGGCUUCUAGGGGUAAUCCUGGGAGAAGUUCAAUAGGUUUUGUGUUGAGAAAUGAGGAGGGAGAUCUAAUCUAUGGAUGUGGAAAAGAAAUACAAGAAGGAACAAAUACUGAAGCUGAAGCAAAAGCAAUUUUGGAAGCACUGAAAUUCUGUGUACUGCAUGAUUAUGUGUUGAUUGAACUGCACACAGAUUCCAUGAUGCUGAGGAAUGUACUUAAUGGGGAAUGGAAGAUACCAUGGGGUAUAGUUCAACAGGUGGAAGAAAUCAAGGAGCUACUGACUAAAGCAAAUGUUUCUGUGGCUCAUACACUCAGGGAAGGAAAUAAAUUGGCUGAUCACUUAGCCAAUUAUGCAUUGGAUUUUGGAGAUAUUGAGGCACAGGAAUUUUGGGAGCUGGAUAUCCAAGGGAGGAGGAUUGUGAAUGAUGACAAAUCUCAAUGUCCAUACUUACGAGUGAAAGUAGCAAGAAGAUAA